AUAAUUGUGAAAAUAGUGAAAAUUGCGCGCCAAAACGUAUUGGAAUUAAAUAAAAAUCUAUUAUAUUUAAAUGACUAGUGCAACAUUACCGUUAAGCGGCGAUUUUAGACGAAACUUUGUGAAACACUUGUGUUUAGAGACAACCGUAAACGUGGAAGUAAAAGGUGAUAUAUGUACAUAUGCACAUACAUAGGCACCAAUAAUCGAGCAGUUCAUACAUCUGCACACACAGACACACACACACAUAUACACCACCAUCAGUAUACGUGUAUACCCCACACCCUCUUCGGGUCAAAUAAGCCGCAAAGCUGAAGAUAAAAAAUACGCCCAGUAACCCCGCCGUCGUCGCUUCCAUCAAUAGUACAUCAAUACAGCAGCAACAACAACAACAACAGCAGGUGGUUCGAUCUCAUAACGGUACACACGCCACACACCACCUGCCGCCGGAAUCGACGUUGCAGGCGGUGCAACCAGUGCCGCAGCUGGUUGGAUAUAACAACAGCAACAGCAGCAGCAACAACAACAACAACAACAACAACGAGAGAACCAACUCCAACGUGGCCGCCGUUGGUUGUCUACGUCCGAUUUCUACCGCCCCCGUUUAUCCGAACGCCGCCAAAAUUGCGCCUUACCAAAGACGAAUGCAUUUGCCGAGCGCAACGGCUGCGGUGUACAGCGGCGGUGCAACAACUGGACUCGGCCUUGGUGGUGGUGGUGGUGUCGGUGUUGGCGGCGGCGGUGGCGGUGGCGGUCUCGGUGGCGGUGGUGGUGUUGCUGGUACCAUCGGUAUAGGUAUUGGUGUUGGUGUUGGUAUUGGUGAUACCGUUGGUCAUAAUGUUGGCAGUUUAAUUGGUAAUGGAGCCGCCGCUAUGGCUACGUCGUGUACCUCACCGAUGGAUUGGUGUGGCGCCGCAUCAGUGCCGCAACCAUUACCGCCGAGUAAUGCGAGUGUUGGUAGUAGUUCGCCGAUAGGUGGCGCUAGUAAUGGUACGGCUCAUAGUAGUAAUAGUAAUACAAAUAGUAGCAGUAAUAAUAAUCAUGCCAACAACAACAAUAAUCAUAACAGUAGCAAUAAUAAUAAUGCGAACUAUCAGGAACUGUGGUGGACGGAGCGAAUGGUGGAGAUGGCGCACGAGAAAUUUCCCAACGAAUUAGUACGCACCAACAAUCCCUAUUUCUUGUGCUCCAAACUGCCACCACAUUGGCGUGCGAACAAAACGUUGCCCAACUCCUUCAAAGUGGUGGCACUCUCUGAAGUCGGCGACGGCACAACGGUGACGAUACGCGCGGGCAACGAUGAGAACUGCAGUGCGGAACUGAAGAACUGCCAAGCGACGAUGAAGGAUCAUGUGGCCAAGUUUAAUGAUCUGCGCUUUGUGGGACGCAGCGGUCGAGGCAAAAGCUUUACACUCACCAUCACCGUUCAUACGAGUCCAAUACAGGUGGCCACCUAUGCCAAAGCCAUUAAAGUCACCGUUGAUGGGCCGCGUGAACCACGCUCAAAGACAAGUAAGUUGGUUGUUGUUGCUGGCCAUGGUGGGCGUUCGGUUGCGAGUAGAAGGAGAUAUUUGACACGUACUAUAAAUUCUUCUUCUUCUUCUUCUGCUAUCACUACCACUACCUACUAUCCACCUACUUGUACUUCCACUACUACUAUCAAUACUACACUAAAUACCAAAAUUGGCUUAAUGGACUCACAAUCACCGGCCGAACCAUAUCCACACACAACGACAACGCCAUCGUCAUUAGUGUCCUGCCGUUCGUUUGAGCAGAGUGAUUGUGGUGAUUCCAUGACAAAUAAUGGUCCAACCGGCGGUCUUCCAUUUCGCGCUGUAGGACUUUUCGAAUCACCCUACCCGGCAACGUUGCGUGAUUUCGAUGGGCGUCGCAACAUCGGGCGUCAAACAUCGGCUAUGUCUUCCAGUACGAGCGCGCUGCAGCAAAUAGCCAAUCACACAUCGCCCAAUAGUAAUCGUACAAUAAGCACUGAUUUAUACAAGCCAAAUGCGCCAGAGAUAUCAGAAACCAACCAACUUAUGGGCGCAACCGACUGGACCACCGGCUAUCCAUCGUACAACACCGGUGCCUACCCCACCUACCGGCCACAUAAUCCCUACCAAUACCCACAUCUCGCCCAACCCACCGCCGCAGCCACCAAUCUACCGCACUGUGGCUAUGAUGCAAGUGUCCCCACAACAUUAACACCGGAUCACGGCAUACCAGUGGCCGGCAUGAUUACCGAUAUGUCAACGCUGUGUGAGUAUCCGCACAGUGGCAUGGCGGCGCCUACAGGCACCUUUGUACCGCACACACAACCAUCCAUUUGCAGUCCCACCCACUAUGAUAGCGGCAAGGCGGAGUUGGAAACACUCAACGCCAGUUAUCCGACCUAUAAUAAUUUCGCUAAUGGCUACAACAACUACAACUACAGUAGUUGCGCAGCACAAGGCGGCGGCUAUCCAGGACAGGCGGCACCCACAAUGGUACUCUGUCCGAAAUUCUACUCACAUACCGUUAAUCAAAAUGAGAUACACGUGCACGUACAUGAUAAUUCGUUAAUUAGUUCACUGACUGGCUAUCACCAUCGAUCGAGUAUUGAGAUCGGCAUUGGCACAUCGGACCAUGAAGCGUUGGUUGGGGGGCAUGGAUCAGCGCAGCAGGCAUUGCAUGAGGGGCAGCAAAUGGUUGGCAGUGAUGGUAAUAGUGGUGUUGGUGGCGGCGCGGCUGGUGAUGUUGCGGCGAUUGCUGGUAGUGAGCAUGCACUGCAACAACAACAACAACACGAUGCACAAACGCAACAAGUGCAACAGCAACAGCAGCAACAGUCGCAUUUGGAGGUGGUGCCACAAGGUGAUGCGACCGUCACGACAGAUCAGCACAGUGGCGCACGCAACGUGGAUGUGGGCGAUUUAGGCAACGUCUGGCGUCCAUAUUGA